UGGUAGUGGUGGUGGUGGAUUCUGCGGGCAGUGUCUGCACGAGCGCCGCCACCGGCGCAGCGCACCACCGCAUUUGCCAGUUACCACUUCACGUGUUCUUGUAAUUAACACAACGUAUUGCCAACCGGCACUGGAGCCGUUCUGUGCAGUGUUAUUAUAUGUGUGAAUUUAAAGCCUUCUAAAGAUACAACCCGACAGUUAGUGGAGAAGUUAUAGUGAAUUUUUAGACAAAAAUUAUGUGCAAAUAGAACUUGAUGUCUUAAAUACAGUAUACAAAAUGAGAACAAUGUUUAUAGCAACGAUAUUAGUGUUAGUGAGUGUAGUGGGUGCGAAUGUGAACUCUACUUCCGAGGUGCCCGGGAGGUCGCGCAUGGCCUGGGUGAAGGCACUGCUGGAUCACCACGGAUGGCCGCAGCUGCUUAGCAACACAACGCUGCCGGCGCUCUGUGAGGAUCACUUGAGAUUGUACCUACACGCUCUGCAUGAUGGACGACUGUGGGCUUCUAAAAUCUUUGACGCGUCAGGUCAGUACAGCCCGAAUGUGUUGUUCGGCAACGAGUACUGGCUGGGCUCGCUGAACGCCUGCCGUGACUUGCAGUUGUCGCAGUACCAUGCGCAGACGCCGCCCUUCCCGCUGGCAUUUUAUGUCGCCAGGAUCAACCUCACCUUGGACAACGACCACCUACCUCAAAGCAGACUGAUGCUGGUUGGCGAGUGUGUGCCAGCGUCUUGCAGCGCGGACGCUCUGAGCUCUCUCCUGAAGGCGUCCGAGGUUACAGCAGCUGAGCAAGCCUCUGCCGCCGGACUCACCGCUUCUUUCCAACACAUAACAGUGCGCCCCGUCCCAGGCGCCUAUGACGUGUUUGCUGAUCCUAAAUUGCUUAUUAUUGGGUCGGUGUGUGUGUGCGUGGGUGUGGUGAUGUUGGUGGCGUCGCUGUACGAGGGCUAUCUGGAGCGGCAGUACCGCCUCACCAGCCAGGACAAGGAUCUGGAGCUCGCCCAUAACGACAGUCAUAAGCAAACAGGUAGCAACGGCGUGCCGAGAGCCGAUGAAAAGCCAGACUCCAACAAUAUAGACAAGGAUCUCCGGCGGGAAACCUGCGGCGUAUGGUCAGAAUUGCUGCUAUCGUUCUCCAUACUAUCCAAUGGGCGCACGAUUCUGAGCACCGACAAACCAAACGACGGUGCAUUGACAUGUCUGCACGGAAUGAGAUUUAUGUCUGUGUUAUGGGUGAUCAUGGUACAUACAUACCUGACGAUAUUCUACGUAGCCGAUAACAAAUCGAUGAGGGUUGUCACGGAACGCAGCUUCUGGUAUCAAUCAGUCGGGAACGCUUCCUACUGCGUCGACACGUUCUUUGUCAUCAGUGGGAUACUCGUUACAAUAUUAUUUUUAAGAACAGAAGAAAAGAAAGCAAAGAAAAAGUCCGAAGCAGCAGCCAAACAAGAUAUUAACAAGAACUUAAACGGAUUCACGAAUUCCUCGCUGUCAGUAUCCGUUAUAAGCCAGCAAUCAUUUAAGGAUGAUCUGUUGGAUCAGCCAAAGCUGAGCAUUUACAACAAAAUAGAAAUAUUUGGGAUGGUGAAAUCGUUUUUGAUCUUGUUAUCGUAUCGUGUUGUGAGACUGACGCCGGCGUAUGCCUUCGUGAUUGGUGUGAACGAGAUAGCUCUGCGGUACACUCACAAUAAUUCAGUGUUUGAGCCAGCCAUCUUCGACCACAUCACAUGUGAUAAAUGGUGGUGGCGGAACCUCCUGUACAUCAACAACUUGUAUCCGCAGCGGGAGAUGUGCAUGGUUUGGUCCUGGUACAUGGCGAACGAUACUCAGUUCUAUGUCGUUGGCAUAAUACUCCUAUUGAUUUCUGUAAAGCAUCCGAAAUUUGCGAUAGCGUCGCUGGGCAUCAUCAUGGUGAGCUCAUGGGCGACCACUAUAUACAUAUCUGUGUGGCUCCAGUACAAGGCGCGCAUUCAGGAGCCCUUCGAGAUGUUCGACCCGCUUUACGAUAAGCCGUGGUCGAGGAUUGGACCCUAUUUAGUCGGUAUGGCAGUAGGCUGGUAUUUGCAUAAAACGAAAUGUCAACCGAAGAUUCCUUACUGGAUGGUGAUUAUUGGCUGGCCCGUCGCUCUGGGGGUCGUUGCCAGCCUCAUCUUCAGCAUGGUGGACGGCUACUUCGAGGUGUGGCCCACGGCAUUCUACAUCAGCAUUGGGCAUACAGGUACAUGGGGCGCAGCGGUGGCGUGGGUGGCGAUAUCUUGCUGCAGCGGGUACGGCGGACUGAUUAACUCGGCGCUAUCGUACCGCGGCCUGCUGCCGCUGAGCAGGCUCACCUACUGCGCCUACCUGAUCCACCCCACCAUCAUGAUGUACUCUUCUUUCCUUCUCGAUGGCCCUUACCACAUGGAAAACUCUUCUGUCCUUGCGAUAUACGCUGGUUACUCCGUAAUGGCAUUCUUAGCUUCCUUCGUCAUAUCGUUGGCAUUCGAAGCUCCUGCAGUAAGAUUACUGAAGAUCUUCAGCGGUGGGACAAGAAGAACGAAAAGCAAUUGAUGUAUUUGGUUACCGAAGUGAAUACAAAAAUACCUGUUUAUUGUAAUUAUAGAUAUAACUUAAUGAUGGAAAUGUCAAUGAAUUUCCAAAUAAACCAAGAAUGAAAUAGCAGAUAGUUACCAAUACCCAUAACUUCUUUAAAUCCCCCUUUAAAGUUGUCAGAUAAAUUCAGUUGUUUUGGAACAGUUCUCGUAUUUAAAUCGAUAGUUGAUAGUUUUCCGUCGAAAGAGUCACGUCGUUGGUUCGCCAACGCCACAACCAUUAGCCCUGGCACUUUAUUUCCGCACACAAAGUGCUACAUACUGUGACAUUUAUGACUUUCAAAGAACUUGUUGA